AUGUCAUCCGAAACAUACAAGCCUCAUCACCAACGAUCCACGACCCUUCCAGACUCAGGCACAUUCAAAGAAACCGCAGCUCCACCCCCCCGUCGACCAGCAACAAUCGAGAAUGCCCCCAGAGACGACUGUACACUAGAAGUCAGUGACAAGGACUGUAAACUUGAGUUCAGCGAUCGACAGUGCAAUCUCGAGUUGAACCAAUUCGUCGACGACAAGCAGACCCACAAGCAGGCCGAAGCUGGCAUUGACAGUCAGGCAGAUGAGAGCGGACGGCAGUCUACCGUGGACGGAAAGCGAGACAUUGAGUCGGAUUCUGUGUCAGGGACAGUCAAGCGCCGGACAUCAAAUCGACGACAGUGGAUUAUUGCGGGCUCGGUCAUUGGGGUUAUUGUUGUACUUGUUGUUAUCAUUGUUCCUUCAGCGAUUUUCGGUACCCGACAUGCCAAAGCUCAAAAUAACUUGCCCCAGGAACCUUCCCCAUGA